UCAAACACCGUAAACGAAACCUACUGAUCAGAAAGUUAAAGGACAAAAACAGGCAAAACUUCUCCGUAUUUACGCUGCAAAUCUUCGUCAUCCUCUGCAGGCCAUUCUCAUAUCAGGAUGUCGGUGCAAUUCUAUGGCUGGGAGGUGGUAGACGAUGGUGCCUCUUUUACUGGUGUGUUGCUAGAGCCGUCGCAGAGACCUCAGAACCGGGGAGUCUACACUAUGUACCAUGGGACCAGCGUUGCCAGUGCACGUCUCAUUAUUGCAAAUGGCUUUAAUCAAUCAUCAAGUGGCAUGCUGGGAAGGGGUGUCUAUGUCAGCCGUGAUAAGAAAAAAGCAGCCAGUUAUCCAAAGAACUGCAUCGCUUCAAACCGUGUGGUCCUCGAGCUGCGUGUACGCGUUGGCCGCGUCAAACGUAUUGACAAGGACAACCAUCCUAUGCAGCUCACAUGGCACGCACAUGGCUACGACACUGCCUGGGUGCCCCCCAAAUGUGGCAUGAUAUCUGUGAAAAGCGGCAUGGAGGAAGAUUGUGUGUUUGAUCCCAAAAGAGUGACUGUGGUGGCCAUUGCAAAUGCACCAGAUACCAUAAGGAAAGAGCUUCAGGAGCGUCUUGCAAAAACAUCCAAAAAGUCUGGAAGAGGAGAUGGUGAUUCUGCUGAUGUGUGUCCCCUUUGCAAGAGAAAGACACAGCAGGGCGCCCAACAUAUCAAGCAACAGUGCUGGAAGUGUGGGCAGAACCUCUGUAUUCUUAUGUCCAAGCACGUCUGUCCAGGAAGACCAUGGAUGUCGCUACAGUUCUUUGGAUGGGAGGUUACCUAUGAUGAUGAGUCUCCCAGUGUGGAGCUGACAGCCUCCCAGGCACCCAAAGAUAAGGGUGUCUACACCAUGUACCAUGGUACCAGCAUUGCCAAUGCACGUCUCAUCCUUGCCAGUGGCUUUCAGCAGUCGCAGGGGGGCAUGCUAGGAAAGGGUGUGUACGUCAGCCGUGAUAAGAAAAAGGCAGAACGUUAUCCAUUGAACAACAGCCCUACAGACCGUGUGGUCCUCGAGUUACGCGUGCGUGUUGGCCGUGUCAAACGCAUUGACAAGGACAACCAUCCUAUGCAGUACACUUGGAGCACGCAGGGAUAUGACACUGCUUGGGUACCCCCUAACUGUGGGAUGAAAGCUGUGCCCAGCGGCCUGGAAGAGGACUGUGUGUUUGACCCCAAAAGAGUGACAGUCGUGGGCAUUGCAAAGGCUCCACACAAUGUGCAGACAGAACUUAAGGAGCUGGUGACUAAGAACAUCAGCCAUUCCAGCACAGUCCCAGGUGGAGUAGUGUAUGGUGCUGCUGCUUUGGACGUGUGUUCACUAUGCAAACGCAGGCAGCAGCAGUCUCCACACAUCACGACACCAUGCUGGGGCUGUGGGCAAAACAUCUGUAUUCUUAUGAGCAAACAUGUAUGUCCAGUUAGAGUUUGAGAGUGAGUGACACGGAUAGAUUCACAUAUAUGAUCUGGCAGAGUGUCAGAAAAAAGCUCAAAAACUCAUAUGACUCAAAGUUUCUUCUGUU